AUGGCCGGUUCUCAUUUUGGGGACCUGAUCUUCAUUGUGUUCUGCGUCCUACAACGCAUUUCAAGUGCUCCAGCUGGCGCGUCUACCAUUCCGCCUUCUAUUCAUAUUCGCGUAGACUCCGAACGCGAUGCUGGACCUGAGACCACCGAGCGAGUGUCCUACACAGCAGCACUUGUUACACCUGUGCAGCAGCAAAAAGCGCAUCGCAAGAGGACGUUCAUCGACCGACGGUCCGCAGUCACGCUGACCACCGCGGGGUCCAGAGUCUUGCGCCGAGAGGUCAACGUUCCAGUAGUCCGUGGAGCUCCUCCAACUCUUCAUUUCAUGCCUAGCAUUCUCAGCGCGACGAUGCGUCAGCCCAUGGAGUGGAUCUCUCUUGCACGCCGCAUCCAAGAUUGGGCUUUGAACGAUCCGCAAGUCGGAAGGGUAUUGGUGACCGAGGUCGGCGCGCGUUCGACCAACAACGUUCGUCGUGUCAGACUCCAAACAUUUGAUCACGAUGGAGGCUCACUUGCGAAUCACUCACUGAACAUUCCGCACUCGCCUCCAUCGCCGAGUCCGCUGAUGGGUCCUCAUCCUAGACAGCCCCCGCCACCGGCUCCUCCUGCUCCAGAGCAUUAG